AUGUUCUCUCAGAGUGAAUCCCUGUGGGCAGAAUGGCAUAGAAAGUACAGUCUCAAUGGGAUAAGCUUAUGGGCAGUUCAAGAAUCUCUCUCUGACUCGUGGGCAUGGAAACAAAUACUGAAGCUCCGACCAGAAGGCAGAAAUUUCAUAAAGCCAAUCUUGGGAAAUGGACAGAAAAUUAGCUUCUGGUUUGACUCUUGGACUCCGUUAGGGCAGUUGAUUCAGUUCUUAGGACAAGCCGGCCCAAGACAGCUACAGGUCCAACUUCAUGCCUCGGGCUCCGCUGCUUGCAGUAACACUGGCUGGUGUAUUGCCUCUCCACGAUCUGAUGAAGCCAUGGAGCUUCACACUUUCCUAACUUCUAUUCCCUGUCCUGUCUUUGCGGAGGCUACUGAUUCUUAUGUUUGGACUACCUCCACUUGUGAGGAGCCAAGGUUCAACGCAACUAAGACUUGGCAGGACUUAAGACCACGAGGCCCCACCCUUACCGCUUCUGACUUAAUCUGGUUUAAAGGGGGCAUACCGAGAAACAACUUUACUAUGUGGGUGGCAAAUGCGGACAGAUUACCAACGAGGGCGAGAUUAGCUUCUUGGGGUCUACAGAUCCCAACUCAAUGCUGUCUAUGCUCUAUUUCGAGUGAGACCCGUGAUCACUUGUUCUUGACAUGUCAAUUUAGUAUGGCUGUUUGGAGACUCUCAGUUACUAGACUUGGUGAACCAAACCGACUAUUCUGCUCUUGGGCAGAGCUCCUCUCAUGGAUCCGAGGUACCUCUACUGCUGCCCCGUCCAUUCUUAGGAAGUUAGUAGCUCAAGCAGCCGUCUACCACCUGUGGAAGCAAAGGAACAAUGUCCUGCACAACCAGAUCGUGCUCUCCCCUGACGCAAUAUUCAGACUGAUUGACAAGGAGCUGAAGAACACAAUCAAUGCAAGGAGCAAGAGGAAGCAAUUCCUCAACCUUAUGUCUAAAUGGAUGAGCUGA